GUGCUGGUCUACUUGAACAGCUGUGUACAAAAGCUUUGCCUUUGGAAAAACAUGAGACUUGCAGCACCCCAGACAUAUAAAGCACAAACAAUUCUGAACCCCGAGCCUUGAAAAUGUUUCAUUAUCUAUUUAUUUUCUUACCCACAUACCCAUCACACUUACGAGCUCAACAUGUCCCAUGUGACUUGUGCUGUGGUUAACAUCAGUCCUCAGGGUUGCUGUGUUUUCAGUUCAGAAUCAGUUCAGUCACUUCAGCGACAAGCCAGUUCUGCUGCAGAGUUUUAAGAGAGUCAUUCUGCAAAAUGCCCAAUUGGGUGCUUGCCAUGCAUGUUCUCUUCCUGCUUUCCCAUGGAACAUCAGCCUCCGAUGUCACAGAAAACAAACCAGAGCUAAUAGUUAUCACUGCUGAGGAAGGGGAGACUGUCAAUAUUACUUGCAAGUUUGACCAACUGGCGAUGUCGGGGCUGCGUUUGAGACGGACACUUGUGAAAGCCAUGGAUGUGCUAUAUGUGAAAAAGCAGAGUCUAUACAUCACCAAAGCUCCUGAAUAUGCAUAUCGCAUGGAGUACUUUGAGCUGAAGAACGCAUCGACGAUAAUGCUGAAGCAUGUGAAGAAGAAUGACAGUGAUGGGUAUUUGUGUGGUGGCACCCUGAUAAUUAACCAGGAGCCCAGGAUAAUGAAUUUCAGCACUAUCAUCUUGGCAGUGAAAGAGACCUCAGCUAUGAAGCUAACAGAGUGUCCUUCAUUUCUCUGGGUGCCAUAUAUCCUUAUCUUCAUGUCACUGCUCUUGCUUGUUGGACUGGGAUAUUUUAUCCUAUCUCAUAUAGAUAUCAAGAAAUGCUGCAACAAAGGAAAGGCAGGAGAAACACAAAAUAUGGUCUAUGAAGACAUGACGUGCAGCCUGAGGCGCAACACUAUGAAUAAUGUGUAUAAUAAUUAGAAGUGAUCUCUUGCCAGAUGGAAUAAUCCCGUCAUUCUCAGCAAAAUCCACUGCUGCAAUAUUUACUGUACACAAUGAAUAACAAAGCUGGAAUCUGCUAAGAAUCAAGAUCAAUUAUUGUUAUUAUAACCACUUUAAUUGAAGGAAGCACAAGUCACUGUCUGGAAAAAAGGCAUUUAAAUAAUACUUUAAACUUAAACUUUUUAGCAAGAAUACCACCCACCCUGCUUACCUACUAACCCCUUUGCCACCUCCCCUUUCCCGACACCAGGCCAACCCCGCUUCUCAGUUUACACCCAAACAACCCCUUCACUUUACACACCACCCAUCCCCUUGCCUACUCUCUCACAGCUCACCCCAAUCCCUGUCCUCACAGCUCUUCCAAUCCCUCUUUUUAAGGAGUGAUGCACACACUUCAGAGUGUGGUCUGCAAAACCUCCCACUCUCCUUUAAACAGCUCACAUGGGCGGGCUGCCCCCCCCCCCACUACUUGGGUGGUUGUUUUUUUCUUGCUUGCUGUUCUGUAGUCAUGAUGCAUUAUGACAGCCUUAUAAUGUAGAGUAAGAAGUAAUAAUUUUGUAUUUUUAGACAUUUGCAUAGGUUUUUUGACUUUGUGAUUUUUUGUUUCCUACAACAUAAUUUCCCAGGGUUUGAUACUGUGUAUUUGACUCCUGAUUAAAAGUGAGCUUAGCAAGACUUCUAAGUUUAUGAGUAUAUAGGAAUUUAGGAAGCUACCUUUUACUGAGUCAGACCGUUGGUCCAUCUAGUUCAGAAUUGUCUAUGCCUGGUAGUGUCUUUCCUGGUUUUCAGAUAGCAGUCUUUAACAGACCUACCUGGAGAUGCCAGGGAUUAUACCUCCGACCUUCUGCACACAAAGCAAUGGUCCUUUCCUCAGGCCUCUGUUGCCAGAACGAGCGAUAAACAUUUCAAUCAAGAAUGUGCUAUAAACAUUUCAAUCAAUCUCCAUCAAAAGGUAUUUUUUGGAGGCAUCUCUCACCACAGGAUAUCCUCCUUGCACAAUUUUGGUUUACAUUCCAACACUGACAUUUCCUAAUGUUGCCAUACAUCCUAGAAAGGCAAGAAGAUAUGUGGUGCACACUUGUACAACAAAUGUUCUUACCAUUCAAUGAGAUUUCUCCUCCUACUGUCUUCCAGCUGCCAUGAUAUUCAUGGGUUUCUCUACUCCUCCUUCUGGGACUAGUCAUCCUAGGAGUUUGUUUAUUUAUACUUUCUUGCAACCCACUCACUGAUGUCUCCUGAGGUUCCACACAUGCCUUGGAAUUCUGAUGUUAUGAUACUUUGACCUGGAGAGCCUAUUGGUAAUCUGGUUUAUGAUUAAAUGAUUUAUUAUACCCGGUACUUUUUUCUCCAUGUCUGUCUUCUGGCAAAUACUAUGGUAACUGGAAUACCAGUUAAAAGAAUGAGCGACGGUGAUUCUUGGAAAGCUUGCAGAACUGUUUACUUGGGGGAGGCACAAACGACAUAGCUGGGCAAGCACGGAAAUGUAUGGACUGAUUAAAGUUUCUGCCCAUACAUGACGACCAUUAUUCAAACACUGGGUUAAUGUAAGAUUUGUAGGAACAGGUUUUGGUGUAAUGGGUGAAGUCAUCAGUCUUUUCA